GGAUCCUCACCAUGAGGGCACCCUCCCCUCUUGCCUUACUAAUCCUGCAGCUGGCAGCCACUGGUGGUGGCCAAGAGGUCCAUGAGUCCUUCUGGGUCCGUGUCUUGCCACAAGAAGUGAGCAUACCUCCUGGCAGCUCUGUUUGGCUCAACUGCAGCACAAGCUGUGCCCAGCCUGAAGCCUGGGGGCUGAUCACUUCACUGAUUCAGGGCAAAAAGGAGACAGGCCCAGGAUGGGCUGCUUUCCAGGUGUUGGAUGUGAAGGCGUGGGAGUCAACAGCUCGAUGCUUCUUCACCUGUGCUGGAGAAACCGAGGAGGCCACUGCUACAAUCAAGGCCUACAGCCCCCCACAUGCUGUGGUCUUGGAACAGCCACCCCUCAUGGAUGUGGGCACCGAGUACGAGUUCCGCUGUCAGGCGUCCUUUGUCUUUCCUCUGGAGAAGCUAACGAUGAUCCUGAGCCUCUCAGGCAAAGCCCUGUCCUCUGUUAGCUUAGCACAGUCAGGCUACCGCCUUGAGUCAGCCAAUGUGACCUGGACCUCCAAGAUCCAGCCACGCCUCCAAGACAUGGGGCAGCUCAUGUCCUGCCAUGCUCAGCUUAACCUUAAUGGCUUCCUAAUCAUUCGAAGCUCCAAGCCAGUGAGGCUACACUUGCGAGAGAACCCAAUGUCUCAGGUCGUAGCCUGGGUCGCUUUAACAUCUCUGGCUGGGUUCCUGCUCCUUACAGCUUCAGGUGUCUUCUUCUUGCAGCCUGGGGGACAGCUGCAGCCAGAAACCUUGCGUCCCCCUGGUGAAACCCCUACUGAGAAGGUGGCUAACAACCGGUACCAGCUUAAGUUAAAACAGAAAUUGAUUCCUCUGGGCUCCAGGCUCCAGCCCAGGAACAGUCCUGGAUUCCACGUUAUUGGGCUCUUCAAGCAGCAAGGAACUCGGGUGACAAACCUGGUUCGAACCUCUCCAAACCUGUCUCCAAUGGAUCGUUCGCAUAGCUCUGCUCCCCCCACCCCACCCCCUCGGCCCCCCUGCCUCCUCCUCCUCCUUGGAUACCAAGUUACCAACGUUAAACCAAUCCCCAAGCGCAACUUGGCCUCCUCCACACCCUGCCCCGCCCCGCCGUGCCGAGCUGAGCCAAGCUGUCCUCCCCGUUUCUCCCUCUCAUCCUCUUCCUCACUCUCUCCAUCUCCGCUUCUCUGCGCUCCGGCUCCGCCGGCAAUGACCUUCUCUCAGUCGCUGCUGCUCCGGGCACUGCUCGCCCUUGUGGGGUCUCUCUGCCUGGGGCUGCUCGCUCUCUCAGGAGCGGCGCAGGAGCCAUACUGGGCAGACCUGCAGCCCAGGUCCGCACUAGUGGAGCGAGGGGGCUCGCUGUGGCUGAACUGUAGCACCAACUGUCCACGACCUGAGCGGGGCGGGCUGGAGACCUCGCUUAGGAGGAACGGAACGCAGAGGGGGCUGCGCUGGCUCGCCCGCCAGCUGGUGGACAUCCGUGAGCCCGAAGCCCAUCCCAUCUGCUUCUUCCGCUGCGCCCGCCGGACCCUUCAGGCGCGUGGGACGAUCCUCACCUACCAACGACCAGAUCGAGUGGAAUUGGAGCCACUACCUGCCUGGUUGCCUGUGGGUGAGAACUUCACUCUAAGCUGCAGGGUGCCGGGAGCUGGACCCCGGGGGAGCCUUUCUGUUACUCUGCUUCGGGGAACGCAGGAACUGAGCAGGCGGAGGUUCCCAGGAGAAUCGCCAAGGGCAAGGGGCGCUAUGGCCACGUUCACGGCCACUGCCCGAAAGGAAGACCAUAGAGCCAACUUCUCUUGCCUUGCUGAGCUGGAUCUUAGGCCCCACGGACUGGGGCUCCUUCAGAAUAGCUCCACCCCACAGGAGCUCCACACAUUUGCCUUGGCCCCAGGGCCCCCUAGUCUAGCAUUCCCCAGGCUCCUGGAAGUCGGCUCAGAGCAGCUGGUGAGCUGUGAGAUGGACAAGCUGUUCCCAGUUGAGGAAGCCCACAUACAACUGGCUCUAGGGAGUCGGAUGCUGAGUCCCAGCAUCAUCCUGGAUGGGGACAAGCUAAGGGCUGCUGCUACUCUCACUGUGGAAGAGGAAGCAGUUGAGGGGGAGCAGGAGCUGACCUGCACCGUGACCCUAGGGGGAGAGGAUCGAAAGGCCCAAGGAAACCUGACAGUCUAUAGCUUUCCUCAGCCCAACCUCACAGUCAGUGAACCCAGUGUCAGGGAGGGGACCUUUGUGAAUGUGACCUGUCAAGCCCCUCCAGGUGCCCAGGUGCGGCUGGAUGGAGCUCCUGAGCCUCCUCUUGGGGAGCCCGCCUGGCUCAGCCUGACUGCUAGUGAAGAGGAUGAUGAACGAGUGUUCACCUGUGAAGCUCUCCUGGAGGUGAAGGGAGAGAUACUUCGUAGGAACCGAAGCCUGGAGCUGCAGGUUCUGUAUGGGCCAAGACUGGAUGAGGCAGGCUGUCCUGGGAACUGGACGUGGUUGGAGGGGAUGGAAUCUACUCUGCAGUGUUGGGCUCCAGGGAAUCCACCCCCAGUUGUGGAAUGUGUCCGGCCAGAGGGGGGACCAGCCAUCCCGCUGGGCCUUCCACUGCCCAUCCGCCGGGAUCAUUCGGGCACCUACCAAUGCACAGCUUCCAACACAGUGGGCCAAACAACAAAGGAUGUGAUGGUGAUGGUGGAGUAUGGGCCCGAUCUGGAUCAAUUAGGUUGCCCAGAGACACAGACAUGGCUUGAGGGUACAGAGGAGGUGCUGACCUGUCAGGCUCUUGGGGUCCCACCACCCAUUGUGAGCUGUAGGCCCACUGGGGCCAGGGCCUGGCUUCCUGCAGGGCCACUUCGAGUCACCCGGGAGCAUGCAGGCACUUAUCAUUGUGUGGCUACAAACUCUCGGGGCUCAGCCUCCACAAAUGUGUCCAUCACUGUUGAGUAUGCGCCAAGUUUUGGGGAGGUUAGCUGCCCUGGUGCUUGGACCUGGGUCAAGGGCUCUGACCACCAGUUCUCCUGUGAGGCUGAUGGGAACCCCGAGCCUGUGGUGCUGUGUGCGAGGGCAGGGAACCUGAGCCAGGAGGAGCUGCUUUUUCCUCACCUGGGCUCUCACUUGGGGCAUGACCCUGCUCCUGGGCUCUACUACUGCAAUGCAACCAACCCCCACGGGUCAGCCAGCAAGACAGUCGCCAUCAGUGCCGAAUCCCCACCCCAAAUGGAUGAGAGCAGCUGCCCCAGCCACCAGACCUGGUUGGAGGGGGCACAGGCACCAGCACUGACAUGCAGAGCCCAGGGCAACCCCACUCCAAGGGUCCAGUGCUCGAGGGAGGGGCCGGAGCGGCCAGAAAAGCUGAGCGUUUCCAGGGCAGAUGCUGGGACCUUCUACUGUGUAGCCACCAACAGCCAUGGAUCAGACACCAGGAUAGUCACCAUUGGGGUAGAGUACAGGCCCCUGGUGGCAGAGCUGGUAGCCAUGCCCCCAGGCAGUGUGAAGCCUGGAGGGAACUUCACACUGACCUGUCGUGCGGAAGGAUCCCCUCCAGCCCAGUACAGCUGGCGUACCCCACCAGGGGCUUCCAACAUUGGGCUCUCAGGCAACAACAGCACUCUCAGCGUGGCUGGUGCCCUGGGCAGCCAUGGAGGGGUAUAUGAGUGUGCAGCGACCAACCCCCACGGCAGCCAUGCCCUUCGGAUCACCGUGCAUGUGGCUGGGCCCUGGCUGUGGAUUGUCGUGGGCGGGGCGGCUGGAGGGGCCCUGCUGCUGGCCAGCCUGGGUGGCCUCACCUAUUACCUCCAGUCCACAGCCUGUAAGAAAGGAGAAUACAACGUGCAGGAGGCAGAGAGCUCUGGGGAAGCCGUGUGCUUGAACGGGAGUGGGGCCGGAGCUGGGGCUGGGGGUGGGAGCGGCACUGGGGCUGAGGCUGAGGCUGAGGGAGGAGGAGCAGAAGUGUACUCCAUCCAACUGACUGCCACGUGAGCCCCCUCCCCCAGAGCAGGACUCCCCACACCCCUGUACCCAGCUGGGUAGGCAGCCCCUCCCUGGCAUGUAUUUAUUAAUUGAUGUAUUUAUUUAUGGAGCCCGAGUGCCAAGGCAGCUGUGAUCCAGGAUCCCUUAGAGUCCUUCAACCCCUUCCCCUUUCCCUCCCUUCCAGUUUUCUAUCCCUGAAUAAACUUUUUAU